AUGCGAAAUAACCGCGCGACCGACCGUAUGCGGCGGGGCCGUACGGCGAAGACAACCAAAAAAAACGAACCAAACUGGUCAAACGUAAACGCCACUCCGGAAAAAAACUACCGCAUCCAUUGCGGCGAAGAUACCGCGCGAGGCGAAAUUAAUCAAGACCAGGCAAGCGCUCGCAAAGACCACAUAUCCCAAGUAUCGAGACGUCGAGCCGGUGCCCCGAUCGCCUGGCGUAUGCCCCCUCAAGCCUUGCUGAAACAUACUGAGUUAGGGAUGCUACUUUACACGGCCCCACCGGCCAGAGAACCUCCAUCAGAUGGGGGAACUACCAAACAGAACAGCUUA